CCUGCGAGCUCGCGCGCUCGCAGACGAGAACAAAUGUCACAAUUAAAUGUCGUCACAUUGGAGAAAGGACGUUUCUUGCGCCUUGCGCUCGACCUGCGCCACACAGCAAAAGCAUCAAGUUGGCUUGUUAUGAUGAGCGAAGACGGCGAAGACGCGGACAACUCGCAAACCAGUGACGUGUUUGCGGACAAGAGCAAACGGAAGAAGAGGAAGGAGCUGAGCGAUGAGCAGAAACACGAAAUACGAGAAGCCUUCGAGCUGUUCGACACGGACAAGGACAACCAAAUCGACUACCACGAGUUGAAGGUGGCGAUGCGAGCGCUGGGCUUCGAGUUGAAGAAGGUGGACGUCAUGCAGAUCCUGAAGGACUACGACAUGGAAGGAAGCGGCAAAAUAGCCUUUGAGGACUUCAAUGAAGUGGUGAGCGAGCUGAUCCUGCAGCGUGACCCCAAGGAGGAGAUCCUGAAGGCCUUCCGGCUGUUCGACGACGACGAGUCGGGAACCAUCAGCCUGAGGAACCUGAAGCGCGUGGCCCGGGAGCUCGGUGAGAACACCAGCGAGGAAGAACUGCGCAGCAUGAUCGACGCCUUCGACGGCGACGGCGACGGCGAAAGUCUGUGCGAGAAGAAACAGGAAGUGAUGGCGUGCGUUUGUCCGACAGUCAACCAGGAGGAGUUCCUGUCCAUCAUGAGCGGAGCGUCGUGAAGAUGUUUUCUCGUCGCCCUUCCCCGGAAGGUCGCAACCUGAUGAACUUUGUACGUGGCGAAGUCACACCCGUGACGUCGCCAUCUGUGCGGGAGGAAACAAACGUGAGUGUGUGCCUGUGUGUGCGUGCGUGUUUUAUUUAUUAAAAAAGCAAAACAACAAAAUGA